UACGAAGGUAAGAUACGACAGAAAUUCCUUACCACCGACGAGUGGGAACUGAAGUUAUAUCGAGCAACCGCAUCGGUAUUCACACCUUCACGAUGGACGUUCCGACGUGGUUGAACUCGUGUUACGUGCAAGCGGUCCUACGAAAAGCUGAGAAAGAUGAUUCCAUCGAAGUGACCAGUAUGACCGUGAAGCCAGCCACGGCCAAGGGUGACAAUUAUACGAGCGACAUGCAUCGCAUCACCCUGGUCUUCUCACGGACACUCGAAGAUCACCAAGUCACGGAGACGAGGUCUGUCAUUGCGAAACUAGCACCCCAGGGCGGUUCUCGGGAGGAAAUGAUAUCAGAGGGUGGAUUUUUCGCGGUAGAAAUGUCAAUGAUGUCAAAAACUCUGCCAAUUAUGCAGCAGAUUCUUACCAAGUCAGGCAAGACUGCGUCACUAGCGGCGCGGUGUCUGCAUGUCCAAUACGAGAAGCCAGUGCACCUGAUAGUCGAAGACCUUGCACCCGCCGGAUUCAGAAUGGCUGAUCGCCAGAAAGGUCUUGAUCUGGACCACUGUUUACUCGCAAUUCGGAAUUUAGCCAUUUUCCACGCGAGUUCGGUAGCUCUCGCCGAAAAGGAUCUCGAAGCUGUAUCAAAGUACACCAGAGGAAUGUUUCACGAAGAUCACCCAUCUUCGAUGAUUGAAUUUUUCAAAGCAGGCACGAGAACCCUAGCAGAAGAGGUUGAAAAGUGGAUCGAACUCAGUCCAAGGAUUCAUGAAAAAAUGUCCAAGUUAUCCGAAGUUGUCUAUGAAAAAGCAUGCGAAGUUACACAUUUUCGAGAAGAUGAUUUCAACGUCAUCAACCACGGUGAUUUCUGGGUGAACAAUAUGCUGUUCCGCUACGAUGAACGGCAGAAGCUGGCUGAUCAAAUAUUCGUAGACUUUCAAUUUUCCCACUACGGUUCACCGUCAACGGAUAUCCUGUACUUUUUUGGUACCAGCCCGUCCGAAGAAGUUCGAACACACCAUCGUGAAUUCGUUUUGCGCGAAUACCACCGCACGCUAACCGGUACCAUGACUCAGCUGAAGUGCACCACAGAGCCACCGAGCUUCGACGAUCUUCAGGAUGUAUUGAGGAAGCGUGCUUUCUGCGAGGCUAUAGCAACGUUCACUAUAUUGCCGCUUGUUUUGGUCGAUAAAAGCAACGCCAAAAGUUUAGACGAAAUGAUAUCGGUGAAUGGAAAAUAUGAGAAUCCGGCCUAUAAGGGGGAUUCGUAUCAGAAGUUGAUGACUAGACUUCUACCAUUGUUCGACGGCAUGGGAUUGCUGGACGUAAUGCAUUUCGCUCGUGAGGCACCACCUCGCGGUGAUGACUUACAAUCUUUCAUGUUCCUGACUCAAGACUCAAACCUCUAUGACAUUCAGUAUGAUUUUCCUACGGUCAUAUUUGCGCAGCACGAGGAUGGUUACUUAAAGGAGUAUCUGCUAGUGAAUACAAGUUCACCCAGUGCUAAAUUCGAAUAUAAGACGUGGAUUCAAUUGCUCACAUCACGCACCUCCGACAUAUUGUUGAAAGUUCCGCCAUACGUAGAUAAUAGUCAUACAUACGGGUGUAUGCACGCGCCAUGUAGCGAAACAUUGUUUGGGAACGUUAGAAAAACAACUAUCGGAAAAAUAAACAAAGAACGUCUAGUUUCCUGGGCCGGGAAUGAACUUUUCCCCGAGGUACUGAUAACCAGUGAUGCUGUUCUGAUGUGUGAUGAACAGUCUUGUAAUGAUAACUCUCAAUCGCUGCGAAAGAACUUGAAUACAUUCAAACAUUAUCACAAUUUAUUAUGUAUCGCUAUAUCAAUAUUAUUUGAUUUUCUAAUGCAACAUUAUCCGAAUUUAAUGUUUGAAUAUAUUCAAGUUCUUUUGCAGCUUGUCGAGAGUUAUGAUCAAUCACACACUACCGUCAAGUACAUGCCUACUGUUGCCCCCAACCUUAUCCAACUGCAAAUGAUAAUCAUAUCAGGCGUUAGCAUCACUGCUUAUCAAUACGGCAGAUAUGAAAUCAACCCCGGCCCAGAAGCCUCUCUUUUUUAUUCUUCCUUCAGAUCUGAUCGUCCUAAUAAUCAAUUUAUUUCUGUUAUUAAUAUGUCGUUAAAAAAUCAAACUAAUAAUCGGCUUAGCCCGGAUCAGCUUGGCAAUUUACGCAAUAACAUACAAACGGCGCUAAUGUGUGCGUGCAACUUGCAUGGUGUACCAGCGAGACACCAUGCAAAUUACAUCACUGUUACCUACGGAAGAGGGAAGCUCCCGAUGGCGUGGGAGAAACCGGAUUGGCUCGACGCAUGUUGCAUACAAAAUUACCUGCAGCAAUCUGCAGAAAUCGAAUCGCUGGAAGUAACCGGUAUAACCGUUGAACCGGCGGUGGAGGAGGGGGAAAAUUUUUGCAGUGAUAUAUAUCGCGUGGUUGUGGAAUUGUCGUGGGUUGAGCGAGGUCAUAAAGUUGCCGGGAAGAGAUGUUACGUAUUAAAAGUUGCGCCGCAUGAUAAAAUUCGAGAAAAACAGCGAUCUUCAUUGACUAUGAUAAUAUAUUUUGAAGUUCGCUUGCAGAAGUGCUUCUACACGCCCCAGAUGGGCAAUCGUUAUGAAAUUUGGCAGGACGUAGGACUUCCGCAAGCGAAGAAUAUCAUUGCGGCGCCUCCCACUCCCAGUACCAUGUUUUGUCAAACUUUAAGAAAUAUUAUCACAUUCAAUAAAGACCGCUUGGUUAUGGAAACCGGAAUAUUUCAAAGGGAAAUGUCGAUAGUGACGAAUGUUUUGCCGAGGAUAAAUGAAAUGAUGCCUAAAUUAAAUAUCCCGCGAUUCAAUCCGCUCUUUCAUCACGUCCAAUGCGAAAAACCACUUCUUCUGAUGAUGGAAGACUUGAAAGCGAAUGGCUAUGAGACAGCAAAUCGCCAAAUGGGCCUCGACCUGGACCACUCUCUGAUGGUCAUGAAGAAUAUCGCCAUAUUUCACGCCUGUUCUGUGGCGCUUGAUGAGCAGGACCCAAAUGCUGUGACGAAGUACAGGCGGGGGAAAUUUCGUGAUGACGAGACUGUUGAGGUGCGAAAAUAUUACAAGGAAAAUAUUAUAAACCUUGCAGGAACAAUGAAAAAUUGGCACGAGAUAGACCCGCGGAUUCCAGAAAAAAUAUUAAAGCUGUCCGAAUCCGCACAUAAAAAGGGAUGCGAUGGUUACCGUUAUCAACCGGGUGGUUUCAAUGUUCUUAACCAUGGAGACUUAUGGAUAAACAAUAUCAUGUUUCGCUAUGACGAAUAUCACAAGCCUGUCGAUGUUAUGUUCGUGGACUUUCAACUCUGUCAUCAGGCCUCACCGGCUGCAGACAUUCUCCACUUUUUUGCCACGAGUCUGUCGGACGAUGUAGAAUUAAAUUACCGUGAAAAACUCGUUCUCGAGUAUCACGUCUGGUUGACCAGCACGAUGGCAAACCUCGAGUGCAAGACGAAGACACCGAGCUACAACGAGUUGCGUGAUAUACUGGAAAAACAUGCUUUCAUUGAAACGAUUAUAUCUUUCAACUCAUUGCCGAAUUUUAUAAAAGAUAGAAGCCAAAAAAUGAAUCUUGCCAACCUAUUUUCACCAAAAGAUGGGCAGUUUUUCAAUCCAGCCCACCAGGGGACGCGAUAUAAACAGAUUAUGACGAGACGUCUGCCAAUGUAUGACAGUAUGGGGCUUCUGGACUCUAUCAUGGCGUUAAAAAUACCGGAGCUUCUUGUAACGAUUGGCUUCAUGUUGUUCGAGGUACAGAUUAUUUGUGACGAAUUAAAGAAUGUGCCGAUAAAGUGUCAAGUGACAUUGUCGAAAAUGGAAAUUCUAAACUGGUUGAACCCGUCCUUCAUACAAAAAAUACUGCGAAAAACUGAAGAGGAUGACUCAAUCGAAGUAUCUGACGUAAGUGUGAAGCCUGGCACGUCGAAAGGGGAUAAUUAUCUAGGAGAUCUCCUCCGCGUGAAUGUCGAUUUUUGUCGGAGUAAAAAACAUGAGAAAACCGCAGAAACAACAUCCCUGAUUGUAAAAGUGGCUCCCCAAGGUGACUUUCGCGAGGAUUUGGUGACGAGCGGUAAAUUGUACGAGACGGAAAUCUCGAUGCUGUCGAAUACCUUGCCUCGGAUGGAGGAUCCUCACGUUGGAGUCGGUACGAUAUCGUUAGCUCCACGGUAUAUUUAUUCUCAGGUUGAAGUGCCGAUUCACCUGAUAAUGGAGGACUUGAAGCUAAGAGGGUUACAGAUAGCCGAUCGACAUGCGGGUCUUGAUUUGGAGCAUUGCUUGAUCGCGGUCCGGAAGCUUGCUGUUUUUCACGCUCGUUCGGUAGCUCUACGAGAUAAGGAUCCGCAAGCACUAAUAAGAUACGACAGAGGAUUGUGCCACAAAAAUCAGCCAGCAUCGUUAGUUGCAUUUGUCAAUGGAUGUGCAGAGGCUCUGGGCAAACAGGUCGCCAAAUGGCCAGAAUUGAACCCAAGGAUUCACGAAAAGCUUAUGAAAUUAUCACCAGUAUUUUACGAAAAAGGAUCGGAAAGCACUAGAUUUAACCAGGAUGAUUUCAACGUCCUUAAUCAUGGAGAUUUCUGGGUAAACAAUAUGAUGUUCAAAUACGACGAGCGAAAAAAGCCGAUCGAAGCGAUAUUCGUGGACUUCCAAUUCAGCAAACACGGCUCACCGGCUAUAGAUCUGCUCUACUUUUUUGGCACGAGUCCGUCCGACGAUGUCAGAAUUCACCACCGCGAUUUACUCUUGCGAGAGUAUCACGCUUCGCUGACCGCCACCAUGGCUGAACUAAAGUGCAGCACGGAAGCACCAGCCUUCGACAAGCUACAAGAGGCGCUACGAAAACGAGCUUUCUACGAAGUGAUUGCGUCCUUUGUUAUACUGCCGCUUGUCCUGGUCGAAGUGGAAGUACAGAAGGGCUUAGACGAAAUAAUAAAGCCGGAUGGGACGCAUGAGAAUCCGGGAUUCCAGAGUGAAAUAUACCGGAAGGUCAUGACGAGAGUUCUACCAUUGUUCGACAGCAUGGGAUUGUUGGAUGUGUAGCCGUGCAUAAUUAUUACCGUGAAUCUCUUGUAGUUUUUCACAAAAACGAAACAGCAUCAGGAAUGCCGAACUACGUAACAGUAACAGUAAUCAUCCGUAAA